AUGGUUGCAACUAGGAUACAGGUUUACAUCACUUUAAUGACAAUGUUUACAGGUAUUCACUGUGAUGAAGACAUCAAUGAAUGUCACAUGAACCCUUGCCAAAAUGGUGGCAUCUGUGAGAACUUUCCUGGGAAUUACACUUGCCAUUGCCCACCUGCAGACAAAGAAGGGAUUUUUUACGGCGGCUGGAACUGCACAGAAAUCCUCCAUGGCUGUACUGAUCAACAAUGCCAAAAUAAUGGAAUAUGUAUCCCGCAUUUAAAAAAUGGCCAUCAUGGAUUCAGCUGCAUAUGCUCACCUGGAUACACUGGAAUACACUGUGAAACUGUAACUACAUUUUCUUUUCAAGGAAAUGGUUUCCUUUGGUUGAAGAAUCCCACAACCACUGAAGAGGAAUUUUCCUAUAAUAUAAACCUGAGGUUUCAGACUGUGCAACCGUCAGCCUUUCUGUUUUACCGAGGGGAGAAAGACACAUUUGUGAAGCUGGAGUUACUGAAUGGCUACUUACAUUUGUCCGUGCAAGUCAAAAACCAGCCACGGGCUCUUUUGCAUAUUUCACAUAAUGUCAGUGAUGGAGAAUGGCAUUCAGUGGAGGUAACCUUGGCAAGAGCUGUUACUCUUAAUUUACUUGACAGCUCUUGUACAGAAUCAUGUGUCAAUAAAACUUCUGCUAUGAUAGAUAAUGAUCACGUGAGGCUUGCAUUUCAGAGCACAUUUUUGGGCAGCUUACCAGUGGGGAACAUUAGCAGCAGCUCUCAGCUUAACAUCAAUAAUAUACAUUCUACACCUUCAUUUGUAGGCUGUCUUCAGGAUAUUGAAAUAGACUUGAAUGUUAUUACUCCAGAGAAUGCAUCACCUGAAUCCUCUUUAAACGUCGAGACAGGAUGCAGGAAGAAGGACUGGUGUGAAAACCACCCCUGCCAGAACAGGGGCCGCUGUUCCAACCUGUGGCUGAGUUACCACUGUGACUGCUACCGGCCGUACGCGGGGCCGAGCUGCAGAGCAGAGUAUAUUCCAGGUCGAUUUGGAUCUGAGGACUCCUCAGGCUAUGCUGCUUUUUCUGUUGAUGCUACUGAGAAUGAAAAUCUGAAUAUAUCAAUGUUUGUCCGAACACGCAAAUCUUCUGGCUUGUUACUGGCUUUGAGAAACAGUACCUGUCUCCAUGUAAGAGUCUACUUGGAAGAUGGGAAACUAACAAUGUUAGCUCCAAAUUCCAUGAAGUUAUUAGGGAAACAUCCUAUAAAUGAUGGAAAUUUCCACCUAAUAACAUUAAAAAUAGAACCAAAUAUGUUGGAAUUAUUCCAAUCCUCUCAAUACUUAGGCUUUAUUUCUACUCCAGUACUAACCACCCAAAGUAAGAACUUUCUUUACAUCGGAGGCCUACCAGAUAACAGAGAAACUGAUAGAAAUGGUGGGUAUUUCAAAGGCUGCAUCCAGGAUGUAAGAGUGAAGAACCAGCCGCUGGAAUUCUUCCCCCUCACCAAUUCACUGAAUUCUUUUAUCAACCGAACCCUGAUCAAUGUCAGCCAAGGCUGCAGUGGUGACAACCUCUGCAAGUCCAGUCCUUGCCACAACGGUGGUGUAUGCUAUUCAAUCUGGGAUGACUUCACUUGCACAUGCCCUCCUAACACAGCAGGGAAAGCUUGCGAGGAAGUUAAGUGGUGUGAGCUCGGGCCCUGUCCUCAUGAAGCACAAUGCAAGCUGGUGCACCCAGGAUUUGAAUGUCUCACUAAUGCAGUGUUUAGCGGCCGAAGCAGCGCUAUAUUUUACAGAAGCAACGGGAAAAUCAGCAGAGGCCUCACCAAUAUCAUGUUUGGCUUUCGAACUAGGGACACAAAUGUGAUACUGCUGUAUGCGGAGAAGGAGCCUGAAUUUGUUAUCAUCAGCAUUCACAACUCCAAACUGGUCUUCCAACUGCAAAGUGGCAACAACUUUUACAUGUUGACUCUCACUAGCUCACUGACCGUGAGUGAUGGGAAGUGGCACCAAGUGAUGGUCUCCAUGCUGGAGCCCCUGUCUCAAUUCUCGAAGUGGCACAUGAAUAUUGACAACAAGGACACUGCAACCAGUACAACUGCUACAGGAAGUCUCAACUUUCUACGAGAAGAGACAGACAUCCAUGUGGCUGACAAGGCUUUUGACAAUUUGGAUGGCCUGCGAGGAUGCAUGAGCACCAUAGAAAUUAGUGGAAUUUAUCUCUCCUACUUUGAAAAUGCUGAUGUCCUAACUAAAAAACCUCAAGAGGAACAAUUUCUCAAAAUAUCUGCAAACCCUGUUCUUACGGGUUGCUUGCAGGAGGAUGCCUGCAGCUCAGAGCCCUGUAUGCACGAGGGGACAUGUGAAGACUUGUACACCUCCUAUCGCUGCAUGUGUCCCCCGGGGUGGGCAGGCACCCACUGCGAGACCAACAUCGACGAGUGCUCCUCCAACCCCUGCAUUCAUGGAAACUGCACGGAUGGGAUCAGCUCUUAUGAGUGUGUUUGUGAUCCCGGCUACACAGGGUUGAACUGUGAAGAGGACAUAGACUACUGCCGUGGCCACCAGUGUGCAAACGGGGCCACCUGCAUAGAUGGGAUUAAUGGAUAUUCAUGUCUGUGCGCUGGUAACUUUACUGGAAAGCUUUGCAGAUAUCGAAGAUUACCCUAUACAGUUUGUGGGAAUGAAGACAGAAAUCUCACCUGUUACAAUUAUGGCAACUGUACUGAUCUUGGAGGCAAGCUGGCCUGCGUGUGCCUGCCAGGAUUUGUUGGAGAACGGUGUGAAAAGGACAUUGAUGAGUGCAGCUCUGAUCCAUGCCUGAACGGAGGUCUCUGCCAGAACCUGCUCAACAAAUUCCACUGCCUCUGCGACGUGAACUAUGCUGGGGACCGCUGUGAGAUCGAUUUGACAACUGACUUGAUCUCGAACGUAUUCACCUCCCUUGGCUCAGUAACGCUGGCUUUAUUGAUCCUCUUGUUGGCAGUUGUGGUUUCAGUCAUUGCUGCCAAUAAAAGGUCAACCCAAGGAACCUACAGCCCCAGCCGGCAGGAGAAGGACGGCGCCCGCGUUGAGAUGUGGAGCAUGGUGCAGCCACCGCCAAUAGAGAGACUCAGUACAGCUGCAACUGCACUGGCACCGGUUUCAUGGGCCUGCACUGUGAGACCCAUGUACCUCCGUGCUGGUCACAGCCGUGCUACAACAACGCCACAUGUGAGGACAGUGCUGAUGGAGUCACCUGUCACUGCUGGCCAGCACCUUAGUGCUGGAGAUAAGGAGAAAGCUGUGAGGAUCAGCACCAGCCUUUUGGAGAAGAGACAACUUGUCAGAGGAUGUCCUAUCAGGAUGAACAUGGCUCAUUCAAGAAUUAACUCUCUAUUCGUCUUCUACCUCAGUUUUUUGCUGCUCCUCCACUUAAAAAAGUCACUUUCCAUGAGAAAUGAUUCCAGAUGCCUGCCAAACUCCUGCCAAAAAAACUCGACAUGCAUUACUGGUCACAGAGACGAUAUUUGCCGUUGUGUGGACAUGUCACUUGAGGAACACUUGGAGGAACUCUGCAAUAAAACCUCCGAUCCUUGCUCCUCAAACCCUUGUCUUCAAAAUGCUACCUGUUUAAGUUCUGCUGGAAACCUCAAUUUCACUUGCGAGUGCCCGGAUGGGUACAAUGGGACCACUUGUGAAAUAUCCAUCAGUAUGUGUGACCCCAACCCCUGUGAACAUGGAGGCACGUGCCUCGACGGCCUGGCCAGGCCCACCUGCCUCUGUAGCACAGGAUUCACAGGCACACGCUGUGAAAUGGAUGUUGAUGAGUGCAGCUCGGAACCGUGUCACAACGGAGCAGUGUGCAGGGAUGGGAUUGAUGAAUACUCCUGCUACUGUGUCCCAGGCUACCAAGGCAAGCACUGCGACCUGGAGGUGAAUGAAUGCGUGUCAGACCCAUGCCUGAAUGGGGCAACGUGUCUCAACCUUAUAGGGAGGUAUUACUGCAUCUGUCCACUUGGGUACACAGGUAAGCAGUGUUUUAAACAACCUUUUAUUUGUGUCAUGGAGAACUACCAUACUCCAUGUUCUAAGAUCUAUUCCUAUACAAACACACACGCACACACAUUUAGUCAUACCUAUCUUACUACACGGCCUUCAGCCUCAGCAGCAGCAGCUGCACCUUACAGGCUAUACCUUAUCAUAGUUGACUAGUGAUAUUGCAUAAAGAAAUUUCACAUUUUCUACGAGCUACAGAGCACUUUAGCAAACAUCAAACUGUGUCACAGGCCCAGUUAACUUUUGUUUUAACAGAAACAUUCUCAAAAUACAAGUCCUUAUUCAACCACAGACAAAACUUAUGUUUGACAGUGAUAAAAUUAGACUUAAUUAGACUUCGUUGAUUUGCUAAUCACAACAAAGAGAAUUCUUAAAAUUAGGCAUUUGCUUUGUGUGAGCCUUUUAAAACAUUCUUCUUUCAUUUUCCUCUGUUUUCUGAACAAAGGUAUCUUUUUCAGUAACUUUCAAAAACAUCCAAUUCAUACUUUCUCUUCUAAUGGAUUUCCCUUUUCCACCCUUGCUAACAGGCCUCUUUCUCCUCUUCUAUUUUACUGGACCUCAAGGCCAAAUAGAUUAUUCUAUCACUUUCCCUCAACAUCAAUUCUCAGAAUGGCUAUGCCUUUCUGGUUUCAUUCUGGUAAGUUUUCCUAAGCUAUAUGUCCUACUGAUGUCACAUAUUAUAACUCAAAUUUUCCCCUUUUAUUAUUUU